AUGAAUGCAAUUCAAUCCGAGCGACUGCCGACGUUAUACGAGGUUCUGAACCGUCAAACGUCGGCUCCUGUGGACUUGUGGUCUUUUUACACAUACCUCACACAAUAUCCCUACGCGAUACAUUAUCUAGACUUCUGGAUUGACACAAUGGCCCACCUGCGGCUCUGUAAGGACUACAUUCGCGGAAUUCGGGAAAGUGUAGUUGAAUGGGAAGAGUCACAUGAAAAAACCAGAGACUCACAGAUCGACAGCCAGAAUCGCGACAGCAAGGGCUCUCUGUCGAGUUCACUGCUAUUAGAAGCCUUGAUGAAUGACGGCUUCCUAGACUUUGAAGACAGUCAACGUGUUUCUCAAUUUUUGCAAGGACAGACAGACUCUCCAAGGCUCACAAGAUUACUAGAGAAUUGGCAACAACAGGCGGAACCAGAUGUCAACUUCAGAAGUCCUUUAACUGGACUCGUGGACGAAUUCCUUAAGACCCAUGCUCAGGGCAAUCGUAAAGCCCAAAUCACCUCCAAACAAUUGCUUAACAAUGCUCAGAACCUCAUCAACACGUACUUGAGAUCACCGCUGGAGAGUCCCCGUUAUUUGAUCAACCUGCCCGAUCACAUGCGCGAUUCUGCUGUACAACUUGUUCAAAUCGAGAAAAGACAUGACCCCGAUGUCUUCGAGCAAUUGAAAUCAAUUGCAUUCCAGUUUUUGGAGAUGGACUGCUUCCCCAAAUUUUUGACUGAAGUGGCAUUACACAACCUGCACGACGAUAUAACGACAACCACAAUCAAGACGAAUUCGGAAAAAUAUAACAUUCUGAGAAGGAAAUCAAACCCUUUUUCUCAAUAUACCUCUUUGGCUCGAAUAGCAUUGGGCUUGGUGUUUUUAUGGCUUGCAUUGUGGCUGGGUUAUGUGUUGGUCUUUUUGGAUUACAGUCGAGGCAUACGGGCCACUACGAUUGUCCCAUUCUUUUUAGGAUUUUAUUUUCUGUGGUGCGGAAUUUAUAGAGUUGACGUGUUGUAUGCAUUGUGCGGCGUGACUCAAAUCUUGGUUUCAAAUGAGCUGGUUUCACCUAGAGACCUGGAAAUUGGGCUCAACCGAAACUCCAUUAAUCACCGGUUAGGGCAUAAUGCACCCUUUUUUUUCCAUGUCCUUGGAGGCUCGAGUCGUUUGGUAAGGGUGAGGCAUCCUUUAAUUCACACUAUGUUAAAGAGGCGGGGCUUAUGGUGUUUGUUUUUGAUUGUAGCUGGUACUGCCAUUUUCACCGUGAUAUUUAGCUGUGUACCUGGACACAGGCUAUGA